UUAAUUGAUCUGGAGCUCGUAAAGGAUAGAUCAGGCAAUAUUUCCCUGCAGCAGCCGUUGCUAUACCAAGCAGCGGAGCAAUCCUUGGCAUUGAAUGAACGUGCACAGAUCACUCCCAAGAACCCUGAAAGGUGAAGCUCAGGGAACAAAAUCCCACGUAGUCACACGCUGAGCCGAGGAUUAGCUGGCCGCAAUGGUGCCUGAUUGAAAAAGAUGAAACUUUUCCCUAUCUGCAGGCGCCUUCUCAGCACACACUUCUGCCAUAUUGGCACCCAAUAAUAUUCUUGGUACAAUCAAGUGGAGUUAGCAGCUGAGAUGAUCCACAGUCUGUUCCUGAUUAAUCACUCGGGAGACAUCUUCCUGGAAAAACACUGGAAGAGUGUUAUCAGCCGGAGCGUGUGUGAUUACUUUUUCGAGGCGAAGGAGAAGGCAGUGGACCCGGAGAAUGUGCCCCCUGUCCUGCAGACCCCGCACCACUAUCUCAUUUCCAUAUACAGGGGCAAGCUGUUCUUCCUGUCAGUCAUCCAGACUGAGGUCCCUCCGCUGUUUGUCAUUGAGUUUCUGCACAGAGUGGCAGACACAAUUCAGGACUACUUUGGCGAGUGCUCCGAAGGUGUGAUCAAGGACAAUGUGGUGACCGUGUACGAGCUGUUGGAGGAGAUGCUGGACAACGGCUUUCCACUUGCAACAGAGUCCAACGUCCUCAAAGAGAUGAUCAGGCCUCCCACCAUACUGCGAUCAGUUGUCAAUACGCUCACAGGAGGAAGUAAUGUUGGAGAUGUGUUGCCAACAGGUCAAUUGUCCAAUAUCCCAUGGAGGAGGGCUGGUGUUAAAUACACCAAUAAUGAGGCAUAUUUUGAUGUGAUUGAGGAAAUAGAUGCCAUUCUGGACAAAUCGGGUACAACAGUAUUUGCAGAGAUCCAGGGUGUCAUUGAAGCCUGUGUGAGGCUCAGUGGGAUGCCUGAUCUGACUUUGUCCUUUAUGAAUCCCCGUCUUCUCGAUGAUGUGAGUUUCCACCCGUGUGUGCGGUUUAAACGAUGGGAGUCGGAGCGUGUCCUCUCUUUCAUCCCGCCGGACGGAAACUUCAUACUCAUGAACUAUCAUGUCAGCUCUCAAAAUCUUGUGGCCAUUCCAGUGUAUGUGAAGCAGAACAUCAGUUUUUUUGAGACGGGACCCUGUGGUCGCCUGGAUAUCACAAUUGGACCCAAGCAGACUAUGGGGAAGACAGUGGAGGGCUUGAUGGUCACUAUCCACAUGCCUAAAGCUGUGCUCAACGCCAACCUCACAGCCACACAGGGAAGCUACACCUACGAUCUCGCUACCAAGGUUUUGGUGUGGGACAUUGGGAAACUGAACCCCCAGAAGCUUCCUAACUUGAGAGGCACUUUGAGUACGCAGGCAGGAGCCCCCAAACCUGAGGAUAAUCCCACACUCAGCAUUGACCUGAAGAUACAGCAGCUCGCCAUAUCAGGUCUUAAGGUGAGCCGUCUUGACAUGUAUGGAGAGAAAUACAAGCCAUUUAAAGGCGUCAAAUAUUUGACUAAAGCUGGGAAAUUCCAAGUGCGGACCUGAGUGGUGGAGGUUAACAAUCCAGUGUGCCAAGUAGAGGUCAAGGUUACCACCUCACUGAGUCAUCUCUCCAAUAUGUCUUACAUGUCCUCAUUGUAAUUAAUGAACAAUUUUGCAUUCUAACGGUUAUUUAUUAUAUGUUUGGCAUUACAUAUGUGCGACUGGAUGGUAUUUGUGGCCUGUAAAGGGAAGCCUUAAUAAUCAUGUGACCUUGUUGAAGUGCUAUUAGUCUCUAUCCAGUUUAUAUGUGCUGCAUUGUAUGCAUCAUUCCUCUUUCUUUUUAGACUAUUUCUGAAUAUUUUCUGUCUUUUUUUGUCUAACACAUUCUGAGUGUUGCCUAAGGGGAAUAUUUUGCUUUGAAAAGGGACGCUCACGGCUCAGCACCUCGUUCCUCAUUUCUUCAGCAUAUCCAUACAAUCCUAUUUGCACGUUCUGUGUGUAUGCACACGUGUAUAUUUUUUAAAAAAAUCUAAUGUAUCUACUUUCUGAGUAGCUGCAUCGUGUCUUGAGGCACUGUCUUUAGUACAGGUAUUUUUGCACACAUUCACUCUUUAAUGUGGCCUUGUAACGAUAGGUUAAAGUGCUUUGUAUAGCACACUACAGCACAAACUGCGUGUUUUUGCAGUACAUCUUAAAAAUAUGUCGUAUAUAUAAGGUGCAUUGUUUGGCUCUGGAAGGGUACAACUCUCUGCAGGGUCAGGAUAAGAGCCGGUGAUUCAGGCAGUCUGUUGGGAACAAUCAUGUAAAAAGCACUAAAAUCUACAAGAUCCUCACGUCAUCUUGAAUGCAACUUCUUUACUCAGCACAAGACUUGCACAAUCAGCUGUCCACAUGGAAAAUACUACUUAAAGCUCCCGUAUGAAAUUGAAUCUGUAUUUCUGUGUCUAAGAUGUCCUAUAAAAGCUUUAAAGUUA